UUGUAAUAGCAUUACAUAUAAAAUUCUCUUUCAAUUACGACCGUCGAUUACACACUUCUAGAUCCGAGAACCGUACGAUCAUGGCCGUUGAUUCGGCUCUGCAGUCUCCGCUGAGUCCACCAGCUCGUGAGAAAGACGCGAAGGCUCUCCAGUUCAUAGAGCAAAUGUCUCGGAACACCGACCCGGUCCAGGAGACGGUCCUGAAGGAGAUACUGAGUCGUAACGCGGAGACCGAGUACCUGAAACGGUUCGACCUCGAUGGCUCGACCGACCGGACAACGUUCAAGUCCAAAGUCCCCGUGGUUACGUACGAGGAUCUGAAACCCGAGAUUCAACGUAUUGCCAAUGGAGAUCGGUCCCCGAUCUUGUCUUCUCACCCCAUUUCCGAGUUCUUAACAAGUUCUGGGACAUCUGCUGGCGAAAGGAAACUGAUGCCGACAAUUGACGAAGACUUGGACCGACGUCAGCUUUUGUAUAGUCUUCUCAUGCCCGUGAUGAACCUAUAUGUUCCGGGGUUAGACAAAGGGAAGGCUCUAUACUUCUUGUUCGUGAAGGCCGAGACCAAGACUCCCGGCGGGUUACCGGCACGUCCGGUGCUCACGAGUUACUACAAGAGCGACCACUUCAAGAAACGCCCGUACGACCCGUACAACAACUACACGAGCCCGAACGAGGCCAUCCUCUGUCCUGACUCGUCCCAGAGCAUGUACACUCAGAUGCUCUGCGGCCUCCUCAUGCGCCACGAGGUCCUCCGGCUCGGAGCCGUCUUCGCCUCCGGCCUCCUCCGAGCCAUCAGCUUCCUCCAGAACAACUGGCUUGAACUGGUCCGUGACAUCUCCACCGGAACCCUAAACCCUAAAAUCACCGAUCCCGCCAUUAGAGACUGCAUGGCCAAGAUCUUGACCAAACCCGACCAAGAACUUGCCGAUGUAAUCACCCGAGUUUGCUCGCAAGAGAGUUGGCAAGGCAUCAUCACAAAAAUCUGGCCCAACACGAAGUACCUCGACGUGAUCGUCACUGGAGCCAUGGCUCAAUACAUUCCGACGCUCGAGUUCUACAGCGGUGGCUUGCCGAUGGCCUGCACUAUGUACGCUUCAUCGGAAAGUUAUUUCGGUAUCAACCUUAAACCAAUGUGCAAACCCACCGAGGUUUCUUACACAAUCAUGCCGAACAUGGCUUACUUCGAGUUCAUUCCUUUCGAGCACGACGGCUCUACCGACCCGGCGGCGCUCGUGGAACUAGCCGAUGUCGAAGUCGGAAAAGAGUACGAGCUCGUGAUCACUACCUUCGCCGGCCUUUACCGUUACCGAGUCGGCGACAUUCUCCAGGUCACCGGUUUCCACAACUCAGCUCCGCAAUUCAAAUUCAUACGGAGGAAGAACGUUCUUCUCAGCAUAGAGUCGGAUAAAACAGACGAGGCCGAGCUUCAGAAAGCGGUGGAAAACGCCUCGGGGUUACUUGCCGGGUACGAAACCCGUGUGAUCGAGUACACAAGCUAUGCCGAGACGAAAACCAUACCUGGGCAUUACGUCAUCUACUGGGAACUGCUCGUCAAAGAUCAAAAGAAUGCGCCGGACGAUGAGAUGAUGGCUCGGUGCUGCUUGGAGAUGGAGGAGUCGCUGAACUCGGUGUACCGACAGAGCCGAGUGGCGGACAAGUCGAUCGGGCCGCUCGAGAUACGAGUGGUUAAGGCCGGCACGUUCGAGGAGCUAAUGGACUACGCCAUUUCGAGAGGCGCCUCGAUCAAUCAGUACAAGGUCCCGAGGUGUGUGAGCUUUACUCCUAUCAUGGAGCUGCUCGAUUCGAGGGUUGAAUCUUCACAUUUCAGCCCUGCUUUGCCUCACUGGUCCCCUGAACGACGUCGUUGAAGAGAAUCAUAUAUAUAUAUAUAUAUAUAUAUUGUUCUUUGUCUGUGUUUGUUAAUCACUUGUCUUUUUUUGUUUGGUUUUCUGAUGUUGUUUAGGGUUUGUGAAACCGUAAAAUAAAUCGUAAGUACGGAAUGUACGUUCCCGACC